UAUUUGGAACCCUUUUGAUUUCUGUACGUUCACUCUCUCCUCUCCAUCUCAAUCCACCCACUCUCUCUCAUAAACUGCUGAGAGAGAGAGAGAGAGAGAGAGAGAGAGAGAGAGAGAGAGAGAGAGAGAGAGAUGGACUCGAGAGGAAGAGAUGGCAUAGCCAGUGAUGAAGGCGACCUGCACCAGCAACCGCUGUUGCAGCCCAAGCAGCAGCCGACCUCGGCGGAGCCGGUGAGCUCGGCCCUUGAGGACAUGCUGUCCGACACCGACUUGCCCUACUUCAAGCGCCUCCGGCAGGCCACGUGGAUCGAGCUCAAAACCCUCUUCCGCCUCGCCGCUCCCGCUGUCAUCGUCUACCUCCUCAACAACGUCACCUCCAUGUCCACCCAGAUCUUCUGCGGCCACCUCGGCAACCUCGAGCUCGCCGCCGCCUCCCUCGGCAACAAUGGCAUCCAAAUCUUCGCCUACGGCCUCAUGCUCGGGAUGGGGAGCGCGGUGGAGACGCUGUGUGGGCAAGCCUAUGGCGCCCACAAGUACGAGAUGCUUGGCAUCUACCUCCAGCGGUCGACCAUCCUCCUGAUGGCGACUGGGAUCCCGGUCAUGUUCAUCUACAUAUUCUCCAAGCAGCUCCUCCUCCUCCUCGGCGAGUCCACCUCCAUCGCGUCCUCGGCAGCGGUCUUCGUCUAUGGCCUCAUCCCCCAGAUCUUCGCCUAUGCCGCCAACUUCCCAAUCCAGAAGUUCCUGCAGUCGCAGAGCAUCGUGAACCCUAGCGCCUACAUAUCCGCGGCCACCUUCGCCGUGCACCUCCUCCUCAGCUGGAUCGUGAUCUACAAGCUCGGGCUCGGCCUCCUUGGGGCCUCCCUCAUGCUGAGCUUCUCGUGGUGGGUCAUCGUGGUUGCCCAGUUCGUGUACAUACUGGUGAGCGACCGGUGCAAGCACACCUGGAGGGGCUUCAGCUCGCAGGCCUUCACGGGCCUGUGGGAGUUCCUGAAACUCUCGACGGCGUCGGCGGUGAUGCUGUGCUUGGAGACUUGGUAUUAUCAGAUUUUGGUUUUGAUCGCCGGUCUGCUCCAGGACGCUGAGAUUGCCUUGGACGCUCUCUCCAUCUGCAUGACAAUAUCCGGAUGGGUCUACAUGAUUUCUGUGGGAUUCAAUGCGGCUGCAAGUGUGCGAGUGAGCAACGAGCUAGGAGCUGGACACCCGAGAGCAGCAGCAUUUGCGGUGAUAGUGGUGACGUCCAGCUCGUUCCUCAUCGCGGUCUUCCUGGCGAUCGUGGUGAUGGCGUUGCGCCACGUCAUCAGCUACGUCUUCACGAGUGGGACCACCGUCUCCGAUGCCGUGGCCGAGCUCUCUCCCUUCCUCGCCGUCUCCAUCGUCCUCAAUGGCAUUCAACCCGUUCUCUCUGGGGUGGCUGUUGGGUGUGGGUGGCAAGCUUUUGUUGCGUAUGUCAACGUGGGAUGCUAUUACAUUAUCGGAAUUCCGCUUGGUUGUCUCUUGGGCUUCAAGUUUGAUUUUGGAGCUCAGGGAAUUUGGUCUGGUAUGAUUGGAGGCACUAUGAUCCAGACUUUGAUUCUUAUCUGGUUCACGUACCGGACAAACUGGGACAAAGAGGUUGAGAAAACGAGAAGUCGCCUGGAUACAUGGGAAGACAAGAAAGAGCCUCUCUCACAUGAGUAAUGUGGAUCUUCCAGCAUGACAAUUUUCCAGCAAAAAUAAAGGGUGAAAAAAAAAAUAAGAAAAUCAACAUUUAGGACAAGAUACGAGUACCUUUCUUGAUUGGAAGCAGCCAUUCUUGGUCCCCAUGUUCUUUUUUCCUUGUUCUGUCUUUUCAUAAUCUAAGCUUGGUUUAUUUUCAUUGUUAUUUGGAGGCCUCAGCUCGUUGACUUAUUUGUAUUCGCCCAUCAUUAGUUGGCCAAAAGAUUUUCCUUUCACCAUCCAAACAA